AUGGGAGAUUAUGAAAGAGCAGCCAGUCCCAUGGACACCUUCGAAAGACCUGUAAAGGCAGAGGAGCAUAUUGAGGCCAGACGUGAUCGUUCAAUUUCUCGUUCUCGCAGUCGAUCCAGAUCACCUAAACGUGAGGUACGUGACUCUCGUAGUCUUUCGCGUUCUCCUCCCCGUCGCAGUACUUCUCGUCGUCAUUCUCCUGACCGUCGUAGUAGCAGACGUCGUGCUUCUCCUUCCCCAUCCAGAAGCAGAGAUCGUAGAAGAAGAAGUAUCUCUCCUCGUCGCCGCAGUCGUAGUCCCCGUCAUCGUCGUCGUUCUCCUCUCCCCGUUGUCCCUCGUGGCUUGAGCGGUGGAAGAUUGGAGGCAAAUAAGGAAUUCCAUGGCACCAGAGAUGAGCCUGAGAUGUCCAAUAUUCUUGGUGUUUUUGGCUUGAGUUUGAGAACAAGAGAGAUUGAUUUGGAAGAAGUGUUCCGUGAGUUUGGCACAAUUGAAAAGGUGACUAUUGUCUAUGACCACCGAAGCAACCGAUCCAGAGGUUUUGGUUUUGUUUACUUUAAAGAUCAAACAGAGGCUACUCGUGCACGCGAUGCUUUAAAUGGCAUGGAUAUUGACGACCGUAAGAUUCGUGUUGAUUACUCAGUCACUCAUCGUCCUCACACACCCACACCCGGUGAAUACAUGGGCGAGCGAAAGAUGAGCCAUGAUAAUGGCCGGGAUGAUCGUCGAGGUGGUGGAUAUGACCGUGAUCGUAGAUCCAACAGCUUUAGAGAUAGAGGACGUCGCAGAAGUCGUUCUCGUUCUCCUGAAAGACGUAGAAGAUACUACCGUUCCAGAAGCAGAUCUUGGUCCCGCUAA